AUGGAACCCAUUACUACUUUCUUGAACCGCACUUGCACCGACGUCCGCCUUUUGGUUUUCGAUCAGAUCGUCUCUUCCACCUACGAGCUUCGUAAGGUUAUGCGCAACGUGAGUAUGUUGUACGAUGAAGCCACGAAGAUUUUGAGUUCAAUGACGGAACGUGCCGGUGGUCGCAUCCCCCAACGCAACAAGUUCACCAAGAUUCAAAUCGACCGUGUUUUUGGCCUCAUCGAAAGGACCCGUUUUCUCCACGAAGAUGACGUCGAUUCUAUGUCGGGUCUCUUGGACGAUUACAACGUGCUUGUCCGCGACAUGGUUGACGAAAGUAUGCAGUACCGCAAGAUUUAUCAGCAUGUUGUCGUUGUGACGGCUUGUAUUGCCCGUUUGGCUCAAGUUACCUAUGACAGGCGUUCCGUUAUGAGGAGCGUUUUGAACGAAAGUGGUACAAAAUCGCGUCACCGUCUCUUGGAGGCUAUCGAAGAAGAAGACAAUCGCGUUGAUGGACUCUCGGCUGACUUUGCGGCUGUUGUUGGUGUCACUUCAGCUAGUGUUGCCGUCGAUUCUGUUGUUGCCGAGAUGCCUCCUUCUGAAGUCGUUGUUACUAGGUCUUCUGAUUAUCAGACACCCCCCGCUCCUGCCGGUCCCGUUGGUAUUAAACGCGAAUACCCUGAAGAUCUUUUCUUACCUGAUCUCGAUGAAACCUCCACGCGCAAAUUGAAGUUCCGCAAAAUCUGA